ACAUAAAUGAUUAUAUGUAGGAAAUAGUACGAGAGAUGGACAUAUAAAUUGAGAUUCGGGGCCGUCUCGGUUUAUUAAUUGUUCGGUUUAUUUCCCUUCCAAAUUUAAUUUCGAAGGAACAAUUCUCCUGGGGACUUUCCCUCUGUUUCCAAGGAAACGAUGAUGAAGAUGGUAAUUGAUACGGAAGAUUGGGAGGAGGAGAUGAAUACCGCACAAAUCGUUAAGCCGUAUAUGGAUAGGAUUGUUAUGGAUUAUCUUGUUAGUGAAGGAAAGUUAGAAGCGGCCCAUGUAUUCACGGAAGAAUCUCUAACUCAGGCUCAAAUACAGCUUGUGGAUGAGCGAAUUACCCAACGAGUUGCUAUUGUGGAAGCCAUCAAAGCUGGAGAUCUCAAUUUUGCUAAAGAGGAGCUGAGUGCUUUCAAGCCUGAGAUACUGAGAAACUUCCAUCUCCUUAAGCAACAGUUCAUAGAACUUAUCCGUGAGGAAAGACACAGUGAUGCAUUUGAUUUUGCUCAGCUUCAUCUGAAACCAUUUCACGAGGAUAUGGCAUUUUUAAAACAAGUGGAGGAAGUUAUGUCUCUUCUCGUCUUUGAGAACAUUUCAACAUGUCCCGUGAAAGAUUUUCUUGGCGAAUCCCAAUGGCUUAAGACAGCUAGUGAAGUAAAUGCAGCAAUUCUUAGCAGCUUCGGGAAAGGUCCCAAACUUCAACGCUUGCUGAAAAAGCUGACACUGAAUCAGAAACAGUUGGAUGAGAGAGCAUAUGAGUACCCACGUAUGAGUGAUAUGUCCACUGGUGAGCUCAUAUACCCAGAAGAAUGAAGAAACCAAUCUGCCAGAGAAAACAACACCAAUUUACACAUUGCUACUACUAUUUUUGGUUUGUUUGUAUUAACCGGGUUACUUUGUUUUUUCUUCUCUGGUUAUUUUCGGUAUAGCUUUUAUCACAUACAACAUCAUUUGUACAAAGAUCAUUUUGAAUCAACGAAACAAACAAAGAGAUA